GUGAGUGAGGAGGGGGGUUAUGGAGAGGGGGGAAUGCAUUAGACGAGAGGUCCAGUGUGUUCAAAUCAGCGACAAUGGCUGCACGUUUGGUGGUGUGGCUUUUGUCAGCAUUGGCGUCCUCUGGUUGUGGAGUUCAAGCAUCGAUACAGGAUGACUUGAUCUUCUUACCGUGGGAUUCGAGCGCUGUCGACUCCCUCCCUUCGCCCGGGAACGUGAUCGACGACCAGAUCGUCGAGGCGCUGGAAAACUUCAGAGAACAGAUGAGCAUCGGAUGGCCGGACCUAGGGAUACCGCCCCUCGACCCCUUCCUCCUGGCUAGCCUGCCCCUAAACAUCACCUCAGGGGAGACUAACUUCUACGGGAACCUGACUGAGGUUUCGAUCAAAAACCUGUCCAACUUCAGCAUCGAUCUGGUCGACAGUAACCUGCUCUUCCUCAAGGUUGACAUCGUUCUCGGCCUCCAGCUCCUCGACAUCGAUGGCGCUUACGAUAUCUUCGGAGCUAUUGGGAUCUUCCCUAUCUUCGGCGACGGACCAUUCAGACUUCUCGCCUACAGGCUGGACGCUUUCGACUCGAACUUGAGCAUCGAAGUGGCGCUGGGCGUUGAUGAAUACGAUGAAUUGGGCGUCUCAGAACUCACCAUCUACGCAGACUUUAACACCACUGAGGUGGACUUCGAGAACGUUAUGGGGGGCGGGAACAUGGCGGACUUCGUCAAUGGGGUGUUGAGUUCGCUGGCGCCCGAUAUUCUGAGGGCCUUGGAGGACGAGUACAUGCCGCUGAUGGAAGAGGCCCUCAAGCACGAGAUUAACACCAUCCUUCAUGGAGGGAGAAAGAACUUCAAGGAUGACUCAGUUAACGAAUAUUUUGAUUACGUUUUCGCUAAUAUGCGUCGCCAAAUCAUAGAAAACGGCGAAGAUCCUCUGGGCCUGCCAGGCGACAGCGGUAACUUCACUGUUUCCCUCUUCAACACAACGUUGGAAGGACAGAUAGAGGUGGACGGGGGUCGACUGGGAGGUCUGUCAACUAUCCACCGAGCAGGGAACAUGACGCUCCUGUAUGUUGGGGACGAGGACGAAGCCGUUUGGAGAGGCGAAGUCGGUCUCAUUGACCUACAGGUGGAAUACUCAUUCCGUCUGUGGUUGGCGCUCUUCGGGAAGGAGUUGGAGUACGUUCUGAAGAUGGCUUUCGUCCACUUGAGCUUCGAGACUGAUGUCUUCCUCCACCAGUCAGAGCUGACCUUCGCCUACUGUAACAUCUCCGAGUUGGGACCCGUACACUUCAAGGAGAAGGGAGCGGGACCUUUGGACACGCCCUUGUACAACCUACUGGCGAACACACUGGUAGGGGAGCUCCACGCCCUGAUCUCCGGUACACUGCAGAAGGCCGUCUGCGCUCUGCUGGAAAACGCCUUCGCUUCCGGAUAGCGCCUAUCCGUUUCACCUCUUCACUAGCCUCGACGGGGGACAGGAAGCCUGCAAUAUGUCCUAGUGAAGAUAAUGUAGUAAAAAAAUUCACUCCUAUCCAUUAUCUCGUGGUUCCUUUAAGGGGGAACCCGUUAAAACGGCUUUUGUUGAUCCGGAUAAGGUCCGGUGCCCGCGGGGUCCACCCUGACCUUCAGUAUCGUAAUAUCGUACAUUAAUACGGCCUCUCAGGUCUUACGAUCUGUGAUGAAACCUCAUCUUACGAUCUACUCUUCUAAGACCCUUCCGGCCAUCCUGCUAUAUAUAAAUUUAAUAUAAAUC